AUGCACGCAUCAUUGAAGUUUCUUACCUUUCUCUCUCUUUCAUCUACAGUGCUUGCCUCUCGCACCUGCAAGGCGACCAACUCCUCCAUACCCACCAUUCUACAUAAUGGUAACGUCUUCAUCGCGGCCGACGGCGAUGCACCUGACCGAUUUGCCAGCGCCGUCGUUCUCGAUGCUUCAACCGGCAAGAUCACGCAUGUCGGCGACGAGACCGACGACGCCGUGAUUAAGGCCAAGGCCGCGCCCGGCGCCGUCCUCCACGACGUCCAGGGCCGCGUCGUGCUGCCCGGCUUCGUCGACGGCCACACGCACCUGGCCCAGACCGGCGCCGGCCUGGAGAAGCUCAACAUCCGAGCGAGCAAGAACCUGGGGGAGAUCCAGGCGGCGAUCCGCGCCUGGGCGGCGCAGCACCCGGACCUGCCGCGCAUCCUGUGCCGGGGCUGGUUCCACCCGUCGACCGACGGCAACGAGCUCGCCACGCAGCUGGACGGCCUCGACGCGGACGGCAAGAACCGCCCCGUGUACAUCGAUGCCGAAGACAUGCACUCGGCGUGGCUCAACACGGCCGCGCUGGACGAGCUCGGCGUCGCGGACAGGGCAGACCCUCCCGGUGGCCGCAUCCGGCGCGGGCCGGACGGCAAGCCUUCGGGAGUCAUGGAGCAGACGGCCGCGUCGGAUAUUGUCUGGUCGUUCCUGGCCAGCAAGCAGACGGCCAAGGAGAAGCAGACGCACCUGCAGUCCGGGCUCGACGCCUACACCACCUCGGGCUACACCGGCGCCAUAGACAUGGCCAUGGGUGAGGAGGACUGGGAGGCCAUCCAGGAGUACCGGCAGGCGCACGGCGAGCUCCCCAUCUGGCUGGCCGCGCACUGGCUCAUCUUUCCCAGGGCCUCGUCCGAGGAGACGCUGAAGCAGGUGGACCGCGCCAUCGAGCUGCACAAGCAGUACAACAAGGACACCAGCCCGCGGUGCCGUAUCGCCGGGAUCAAGAUAAUCACCGACGGCGUCGUCGACGCCUGUACCGCCGCGAUGCAGCAGCCGUACUCGCACAACAACCAGAGCGCCGCGCCCAUAUGGACGCGCGAGGCGCUCGAGCCGGUACUCCGCCGCGCCGACGCCGCUGGCCUGCAGAUCGCCAUGCACGCCAUCGGCGACGCGGCCAUCAAGCUGGCCAUCAACGGGCUCGAGGCCGUCGGCAACCCCGCGGCGCGGCACCGCAUCGAGCACCUGGAGACGACCGCGCCCGAGGACGUCCCGCGCCUCGGCGCGCUCGGCAUCACCGCGUCCGUCCAGGCCGUGCACCUCGACCCGGCGGGCGUUACCGCAUGGGAGAAGCUGCUGGGCAAGGAGCGCAACGGGCACGUCUUUCCCUAUGCAGCGUUUGCCGAGCACGGUGCCGCGCUAGCGCUGGGCACCGACUCGCCCACCGCGCCGUACAACCCGCUUGCCAACUUGUACGUGGCUACGACCAGGAGGUCGGCCCUGGAGCGCAACAACACCAUGCAAACGACGCCGCAGUUUGCGCUGUCGCUCGCGGCGGCCGUCGCGGCGGCGACGCGCGGCUCUGCGCGCAGCUGUUUCGCCGAGGAUAAGGCCGGACAGCUGCUCCCGGGUUGGGAUGCGGAUCUGGUGGUGGUGGACAUGGAGUGGAAUGCUGAGAUGCUGCUGGAUGCCAAGGUGGCGGAGACAUGGAUCCGGGGGAAGAGAGUGUACCCUGGUGCAUAA